AUGUCCCCCGAUGACUCGAUCCAGAACAAUGCGCAGGAUGGGUAUGAUGUCGACUAUGAGAAGGCUGGCGCUGGGAGGGAGUCGAAUCCCCUGCCGGACCUGAAGCGGAAGCUGAAGAGCAGACAUCUUCAGAUGAUCGCCAUUGGUGGGACGAUUGGUACCGGUCUCUUCAUCGGUAGUGGCACGGCUAUUGCCCAUGCCGGCCCUGCCGGGGCCCUCAUUGCUUACAUCUUUGUCGGGUCCCUAGUCUACUCGGUGAUGACUUCGCUGGGAGAAGUGGCCACCUACAUGCCCAUUCCUGGUGCCUUUACCUCGUACGCGACACGGCUUAUUGACCCUAGUCUUGGCUUCGCCAUGGGGUGGAUCUACUGGUUCUCGUGGGCGACGACGUUUGCCCUCGAGCUGACGGCUACAGGGUUGAUCAUCCAGUACUGGGACAGCUCGAUCAAUAUUUCGAUUUUCAUUGCCAUCUUCUGGGUCUUGAUCACGAUCUUCAAUUGCAUGCCUGUCAGCUUCUACGGCGAGAUGGAGUUCUGGUUCUCCAGCAUCAAAGUCUUGACCGUGAUCGGCUUCAUGAUCUUCGCCAUCUGCAUCGAUGCCGGCGCCGGCAAGGAAGGGUAUCUGGGAUUCCAUUACUGGAAGCAUCCGGGCGCCUUUGCUUCGUACCUUCUCUCCCCGGGCCCUACGGCGCGCUUUGUCGGCUUCUGGGCGGUGCUCAUCCAGGCCGGCUUCGCUUACCAGGGAACAGAGCUGGUGGGAAUUGCUGCCGGUGAGACGGAGAACCCGCGCAAGACCGUCCCCUCGGCGAUACGCAAGACCUUCAUCCGUAUUCUCUUCUUUUUCAUCCUGACGAUCUUCUUUAUUGGCAUUCUGGUGCCAUACACCAACUCCGAUCUGCUCUCUGGCGACACCAAUGCCACGGCCUCCCCCUUUGUCAUUGCGGCAAACCUGGCGGGCGUCAAGGUCCUGCCAAGCAUCAUCAAUGCCGUCCUGUUGACUGUGGUUCUCUCCGCGGCCAACUCUAAUGUGUACAGCGGUAGCCGCAUCCUAAUUGGCCUGGCCCAGGAAGGCUACGCCCCGCACUGGUUCAAGAAGACCUCCCAGGCCGGCGUGCCGUACUACAGCGUGGCCUUUACCGCGGCAUUUGGCUUGCUGGGCUUCAUGAAUGUCUCCGAUUCUGGUAGCACCGUUUUCAACUGGCUGCUGAACAUUGCAGGCGUGGCCGGUUUUAUCACCUGGUCCUCCCUGAACGCAUGCCAUAUCGCUUUCAUGCGUGCCCUCAAGGCGCGCGACAUGUCUCGCGACCUGCUCCCUUACAAGGCGAUGUGGCAGCCCUACCUCGCCUACUACGGCCUGAUAUUCAACAUUCUCAUCAUCUUUACGCAGGGGUUCACGGCGUGGAUCCCGACGUUCAGUGUCUCGGACUUCUUCGUUGCUUACAUCAGUCUGAUUCUGUUUGCCGUCCUGUACAUCGGCCACAAGAUCGUCUAUCGCGAUCCCUUUGUCAAGCCCCUCGAGGCCGAUCUCGACACAGGCCGUCUCGAGAUCGAGAACGAGUACUGGGAGACCACCACGCCCACGACCUGGUACGGCAAGCUCUGGCAGCUGAUCAGCGGGUGA